AUGGCUUCAAAGACUUCCGAGGGGGAAUUGAUGUACGCUACUGAUCCCAUAUUUUCAAGGCGGUUCGAUGCAUUGGAAAGGGCAUUCUCGAGCUCUCCGCGAUGGCAGCUACAUACGAAGGAAAUGAACGAGGAAACUCUUUCGAGCCUGAAAGUGAAUCAGAGCAGGCUCAUGGAGGAUAUCCAUUUCACGUCCCAGUGGGGUGAAGGGCAGAAGUGGGGAAGUGCAUCUACCGAAACAGGCAUGUCUCGUCUAUCCCUUUCGGACGCGGACAAGAAAGCUCGAGACUGGUUCGUCCAAGCGACGCAAGCUCUUGGAUGCAACACGACAAUCGAUGAAAUGGGCAACAUCUUUGCUGUUCGACCUGGCAUACGGAACGAUGGUCCUCCAACUUUUGUGGGCUCCCAUCUAGACACACAGCCAACAGGCGGCCGAUACGACGGCAUCCUCGGCGUCACCGCAGGCGUGGAAAUGCUCAGAGUUCUUGCAGACAACUGGGUGGAAACCGAGUAUCCUGUUGGGGUUGUCAAUUGGACAAACGAAGAAGGCGCCCGCUUCCCCAUCUCCAUGGUCUCCUCUGGCGUUUGGUCCGGCCACAUCCCCCUCUCCACCGCCCACUCCCUCCGCGAAGUGCACCCCGGCACCGCCACCCUCUCCUCGGAGCUCUCCCGCAUCGGCUACCUAGGCACCGUCCCCGCCUCCCACAACGCCGUCCCCAUGGCCGCCCACUUCGAGCUCCACAUCGAGCAAGGCCCCCUCCUCGAGUCCACGUCGCGCAAAAUCGGCAUCGUCAAAGGCGUCCAAGCCUACCGCUGGUACACCGUCACCGUCACGGGCCAAGAUUGCCACACCGGCACGACGGAUUUCGAGAACCGGGCGGAUGCGCUGCUCGCGGCGGCGAAGAUGAUACUGCAUUCGCAUCGAUUGGCGACGGCGAGGGGGGCGCUGGCGUCGACGGGGAUUCUGAAUCUCAAGCCCGGGAGCACGAAUACGGUGCCCGGGAGCGUGCGAUUUAGUCUUGAUAUCCGCGCGCCGGCGGAUAGUACGGUUGAUAUGCUGGAGGCGGAUGUGCUGGCUGAUUUCGCGAGGAUCGCGGCGGGGGAGGAGGUGGAUGGGAUCAGUGAUGGGUGCACGCCUGGCCGACCGUGUGAGGUGAGUUUUACGACGGAUAGCGUGUCGCCCGCUGUGAAGUUCCAUCCGGACUGCAUCCACGCGGUAACGGAGGCCGCGGGGUCGGCGUUGGGGCCGGAGGCGGAGAAGUUAACGAUGGAGAUGGUGAGUGGAGCUGGGCAUGAUAGCGUGUAUACGUCGAAGCGGGUGCCGACGAGUAUGAUCUUCGUGCCGUGUAGGGAUGGGAUUAGCCACAAUCCGAGGGAGUAUACGAGUCCGGAGGAUUGUGCGUUGGGGGCUCAGGUGUUGCUGCAGGCUGUGCUAAGAUAUGAUCGAAUGAGGGCGGAGAGAAGGCUUACGUGGAACACUGGUUGGCAGGUUGGUGCUUAA